CUGUUGCUCACCUGUCUCGACGUGUUGUCCGGCAGGACGUGUUGUCCCCUCGUGCUGGUGUUCCUAGCAUCGCGUCCGAGCAAUUUCCUCUACAAAUUUUCCGUCUUAAAAUGUAGUUUUUCACGGCGUCAACUCCAUUCUGGUUCGCCAACUACCUACGUGUUUUUUUUCAUUGUUACGAGCGAUUGUUUAUUUCACAAAUACCUACCUACCUAACUCGUUGAUCGUUUCGCUCAACAAUCGAUAUUUUCGAAACAGCAUCAGUGCUGCAGCUACGUACCCCGUCACCAAUGCACUGUCUUGUCCUGAUACCAAAUCGUAGUUCGUUUUGAUGAUACGAGAAAUAUACCAUUGCACGGAUGCUCCUAAAGAAUGCUUAUAUCUUAAAGUACUAGCAGAGAAUGAGAGGACCUCAAAUGUUCAAUUUAAAAUUAAAAAAAAUAUGCUGCUAACAAAACUGAUGGAAGCCUAUUGUGAAAGAACUGGUUUAGCUGUGGGUACAGUGAAAUUUCUAUUCAAUAAUCACACAAUUACUGACUUUGAUACUUCAGUAUCAUUGAAGAUGGAAAAUGAAGAUACUAUAAAAGUCCUUAAGCCAAAGACAAUUGUAUGCCAGUUAUGUGCCCAACGUAGUUGCUUGGAAUUGCGACCCAACGAUUCCAGUUUCAUAUUAUUGGAAUAAUGAAGAAAGCUCACACUACUUGGAAAAAGCCGCAUUAGCUGAAGAUGGCAAUACCUCAAAGAAAUAUCGAUCUUGUCAGCUAUAAUGGCAUAAUAAUUAUAGAGCGUACCUGGUACAUACUUAUAUAUUAUUCUUAUAUGUUAUUAAUAACAAUAAAUGCCUGCCUAUAUUCAAAAAUUGCAUCGUAUUAAUUUUCGAACGUAACCCAAUUUAUUAAUGGUUACCUACCUAUAGCUUCUUUUAUAUCAAAUAGGAAGCUGCAGAAUAUAGAAUAAAUGUAAUUAACUACCUGUACCUACCUAUAAUCUA